GAAACAGCGACGUCUAAAACCGCGCCUCCUUAGCUUGGGGAGGAAGAAAGCCAUAGCGCGGGCCGCCAGCGACAUGGGCCCAUACCAAGAGGCCGUACACCGAGCCUAAGGCUCGGGCCACCUGGCCAUCGGAUUCGCCUCAGCGCCGGGCCCCACCCGCACCUCAGCUCCUAACCGGAAUUUUCCCGCCCACGAUUACUUCAUAUGGUGGAGAAAGAAGUGCGGACCUUAGACCCCCUUCCAUGACCCCCUCUCUUCGGAUCUUCUCACUCUGCUGAAGCACUACUGGAGGGAUGGCAAGGGCAUGGCUUGUUAACAGUAGGGGAAUUGCAAAGAAAGUAAAAAAUGCUGCCCGCUUUUCCAACUAUCAAAUCAAUGACCUGGGAGCAGAAGCAAGUCGGGAAUGUCCCAAUUGCAAACACCUUAUUGAUAACAGUGAUGUUACUUUAGAAUGGCCUGGACUUCCUGCUGGUGUUAAGUUUGAUCCAUCUGACGUAGAGCUAUUAGAACAUUUAGCAGGAAAAGUUGGGAUAGGAAAUUCGAAACCCCAUGUGUUUAUUGAUGAAUUUAUUCCAACUUUGGAGGAGGAUGAAGGAAUCUGCUAUACUCAUCCUGAAAAUCUCCCUGGUACGAAGAAAGAUGGAAGCAGUGUUCAUUUCUUUCAUAGAACAUCAAAUGCAUAUGCAAGUGGGCAUCGUAAGCGCCGUAAAAUCAAUAGCAACUGUGAUAAGUCGGAGGAGUGCAUAAGAUGGCACAAGACAGGGAAAACUAAACCUGUGCUGGAGAAUGGCGUUCAAAAAGGCUGGAAGAAAAUAAUGGUGCUAUACAAAAGUUCGAAAGGUGGCGGCAAACCAGAUAAAACUAAUUGGGUGAUGCAUCAAUACCAUCUUGGUACUGAAGAAGAUGAAAUGGAUGGUGACCUUGUGGUUUCAAAAAUUUUCUUCCAACAGCAAGCAAAGCAAAUAGAUAAGAGUGACACUAAUCCAGUCAAUGAGUCUGAGAUAUUUGCCAUCAGGGUUAGUCCUAGAACCCCCAAGUCAAAUACUCCACAACCACCCCGGCCAAAAAAGGAUAAUCUGUUCAAUACCGAUGAGCAUAAUCUACAGAUCUUGCCAGUCCAUAUUGAACAGUAUGCAGAAGUUGGGGUAACCCGAUCACCCUCACCUGUGGUUCGAUUAAGGGGUGAAGGUGAGAAUCCUGUGCCAUGGGCUGGUGAAUCUCAAGCUGUCGAAGAACCAGAUCCAAACAAUUUGGAUGAAUCAUUGUUGUGCCAUGAAGUGCUUGAUUCUUUUCCUCGUAUUGAAGAUUCCUUUGGCUAUCCAAAAUUGGAUCGUGACAGGAAUGAGAUGCCAGCUGCAGAAGCCAAUACACUUUGUGGGUUCUCUGAUCUUGAUAACAUAUUAAUCGACACACCACCAGAUUUUCAGCUUGCUGACUUGCAGUUUGGUUCACAAGAAAGCAUCACGAGUUGGCUAGACCGUUUAUAGAAUGAAAUAUGUGGGAACUGAUACCUCCAAUGAUCUCACUGAAGACCCCAAUUUUGUGUAUCUUGUUGGUCUUGUACUGUAGUGAUGAUAAUGUUCUCAAUUGUAUAGUCAGAUGAAUGGGGUGAGAGAUGCAAGAUGCUUGUUUGGCUAUUUAAUCCAACAUUUUCCUCAACUCUUGAAAUUCGGUAACCUUUAAACAUCAAUUUGGAAUGGCAUUGAAUUUUUGUAUCUGAACCUCCCAAGGGAUUCAAAUGUUAGGGAGAGGUUGGCUUUG